AGGUGCGCUGCUCCCCAGCUUGCCCGUCAGUGUGGCCACCUUCUUCGCCUCAAUGUCGGGGGCCCUCUUCCGCAUCGUCAUCACACCAGUCGACACGUGCAAGACCAUCCUUCAGACUGAUGGCCAGCGAGGGUGGGGCCUGCUGAAGGAGAAGGUCUCCAAGAGCGGCGUCACCGUUCUCUGGGCCGGAUGGGAGGGCAACUACAUUGCGAACGUGGUAGGCAAUUACCCUUGGUUCUUCACCAUGAAUUUCCUCCAGAAGAGUAUCGCGGUGCCGCAGGGUGCAAUCGCGAAGCUCGUGCGGAGCGCCUUCUGCGGGGCAGUUGCUUCCUCCGUGAGCGACGUAGUCUCGAAUGGCAUCCGCGUCGUCAAGACGAAAAAGCAAACAAGCGAAGAUGGUUCAGUUGGAUAUGUGCAGGCAGCAAAGCUGAUUGUCGAGACGGACUCGGCGCGGUUGUGCCUGUCUCGGAGGUUGGCGCGGUCGCGGUCAGAGCUGGGAGGAGGCGGGGACAGUGUUGAGUUCCACCGCUUGACCUGUGGCCCCGAGUAGGACAAGCGCCAGCCAUGUCGUCAUGUUGGCGUCCAGGCUUGUAAUGUGGUCCACCAGAAGCGACGUGGCGUUUGUCUUGGCAAGCGUUGAAGCAUCUGUUGCCGCCGUGCAACAUUGCCUGGCAGCCUUACAUACCACAUGCCCAGUUGUCGUAGUGCAUUCGGGCCGCUUGCACGAAGCCUUUCUGGCAUUCACAGCCCGUUUCUCUUUAGCAGUGCCCCUUCUCACUGGAUCUGGCUUCCCUAGAGGGGGGUCCUACUUGCUUUGUGAUGUGAUGCGCUGUGUGGUCGCAUCCGUGGGGCUGGUUCCUUCGUGCGCGGUCGCCGCUUCUUUUUUUGCGCAAGUUGUGCGACGCGUCAUGCUGCGAUGUGUAACGGUGUCGUGUGACACGAUUUGGUGUGCAGUGAUGCUGCAUGCGAUGGAAUACGCUUAUCUUCACACGCCCAUUGCUGUGCUGCGCUCUGCCGGGAUAGUGUGAACACGAUGCUCGGAU